AUGAUCACAUCCGGAGUUCGAAACAUUAUCCAAUUCUCCUGUUUCCUGCUACUAUUAAAUAUCAUCUGUGCUGUCUAUGUCGUUCCUCGUGAGCAUCGAUACCCGUUUGUUUACAACAAAGAACGAUCAGCUGAUAGCGGAUAUAGAUACGCUUGGUUUACUCGUGAAAUACAUGAUGAUCCAGAUGCAACUGAUAACGUCAACGUUUUCGAAGACGAAGAACAACAACAACAAUUACCUCCAGAAGACUUUAAUCGUUUGAAAGCACUUAAAAGUAUUUUCAAGCGACCAUAUAAGGAUGAAGAUGACACCGUAGUUCAAUAA